AUGAAUCUCUUACUAUUGGUCUUCUUGGUGGCUUCGGCGACAGCUUCUAACUACAUAACCGGAAGGACGACAGAUUGGACUGACAACGAUACGUCAACUCAGCCUAAUUACCCCACAUCAAGUCCGGCUCCAGGAAGAAACACUGAUCGCGAGUGCGCGUGCUCUCUCGACAACUACUGGCUCGAUGUGGUGGCCGUCGUUGACAAUUCGGCUGGAAUGACGGCCGAGGGCCUUGUGCAGGUCGCCGCCGACAUCUCAUCGCUGUUCGGACAAUCGCGCGUCGGAAGCAACUACAGCGAUCCGAGAAGCGUUCGUCUGGCCAUCGUCACCUACAACAGCCAGGCGACAAUUUCGGCCAAUCUUGACUAUUUCCAAAGCACCGAUCAGCUCAUGCAAUACAUUUUCGGAACACUUACAGUCAGUCAAAAUUCGUUAUCAUAUGUGUCAACAGGUCUUGGUGCCGCUGAGAAAGUUCUCGAGGUCGGAAGAGCCAAUGGUCGAAGAAAGAAUUACAAGCAAGUUGUGAUUGUCUACGCUUCUGACUACAGAGAGGACGGCGAUCACGAUCCGGUGCCGCCGGCAAAUCGCCUCAAAGAGUCCGGCGUGACGGUGAUCACUGUGGCGUUCGACCAGAACGGCGACGAGUCGUCGAUUCGCAAAAUUGGCACACUCGCGUCGCCGGGCAACGCGUUCAUCAACACCGACAUGAAUCUCGUCGGCGAGAUUCAAGGCGCCCUCUGUCAGGCGAACUGCUUCUGUCCCGACUUGUGGGUUCAGUACUCGACGAGGUUCGGCGACGCCGCCGCCUACAAGUACGGCGUGUGUCUUAAAGACGCCACGAUUGCCGCCUCGUGGACGGCCGCCAAAUUCGCGUGCCAAUCGCUUCAUCCCGGCGGCUAUCUCGCCACCGAAUUCGAUAGCCAGAAGCACUCGUUCAUUUUCCAAAAUUUCAUCAAUGACAAAGCCCAAUCGCAACCAUACAUGUACCACAUUGGACUCCAUUAUAUCAAUGGCCGAUAUCAAUGGGAGCAGCCGAAGAAUCAGGCGCUGAUUCCUCUGUCCGGCUACACCAACUGGAAUCCUGGAUAUCCGUCGAAUCCAACGUCGACACCAUGUGUGCUCAGUCAGCAAGCCGGCUCCGACGUGAGAACCGGUUGGCAGAAUGAGAACUGCUUUACGGUGACAAAGAAUUACGUGUGCGAAGUCGCCUCAUGCGAUACCGACAAUUAUUGCUCAUAA